UUUCAUAUUACAAAAAAAACCAAAUUAAUUGCAAGUAAUUGUUGAAAAUUGUUAAUAACAGGUGAAUCAACAGUCUGGUGACAAUCCGGUCAGGAAAUUUUAUUUCGACAGAUCACGUUACAUAAGAUUAAAACAGCUCUGAAACAAAAUUUGGUUUUUUGACUGAUACAAAUUGGUAUAAGACUAUAACUAAGUUAUAAUUAACAUUACUUUUUGGAACCGCAGUUCCAUUGUGUUGACGAUGUCAUAUGAAUAAAUUAUACAGCACGAAGAUUUAAUGAAAAGAUAUCGAAACGUUUUCAACAGUUUUUUCCUCAAUCCAUACUUUCCGGGAAAAGAAAUAUCAGCUAUGUUAUAAGUUAAAAAGAUUUCAAGUUUAUUAACAAAAGAGUGAUUGAUACGAGUUUCAGUUUAUUCUAAUACGUGACUGUUGAUUGAAACUGGUAUUAAAUUUCAAACAAUCAACAUGAUUAUUUUACCAAGUUUCAUUUUGUUACUCAUUAUGUUGGUUCAAAAUGAAUGGAUAAUCAGUGUAAAGGCAAUUCUCGAUGGAUCAACCGUUGAUAAAAAUGAAUUUCCUUUUACAGCCUCUUUUCAAAACAUAUCCAAAAAUAACGAACAUUUUUGUGGAGGAAUCAUUGUACAUGAAAUGUUUAUUCUGACGGCUGCACAUUGUAUUGCUGGUAAGGUUAUCAAGGAUAUCCGCGUAGUUGCAGGGAGUAGAGAUUUGAAAAGUAUAAAAGAAUAUAAAAAUGUACGGAGAAUUAUUCAAAUAUUCAAAAAUCCAAAUUAUAAUAAACCACUCCCUCGGGAUAACGACAUUGCACUCGUUAAACUUGAUGGUCCUUAUAAAAUGGACAAAUGUAUAAGUAAGGCUAAACUUGUGCCAGAAGACUAUCGUAUACCUGAUGACCUAAUUGUUCAUAUCAUUGGCUGGGGCGUUACAAAAUCCGACAUUAAAGCAGCGUGCGGUAGCUUAAAAAAAACUAAAGUUAUAGUUUUAUCACAUUCACAAUGUACUGAGUUGUAUGCAGGUAAAGUUAAAGUGAGCAACACAGUAUUUUGUACUACUCAUAAUAGCAAGAAGAAUAGAGGUGCUUGCUAUGGAGAUUCUGGAGGUCCUGUACUUAAAGACAAGACAGUGGUCAUUGGAGUGAUAUCUGUUAAUUAUGCAAAAGCUAAGUGUGGCGAUAAGAAUCAUCCAGAUCUCCAAACUAAUGUUGCUAAAUACCGAAAAUGGAUUGAUAACAUUAUUUUUAGUAAUAUCUAGAAUAAUUUGUUAGCAAAAUAUAUUAAAAUUGUUAAAUUUUCAAAAAUAUUAUCAAAAAUAAUAUAAAAAAUUUUCUGAUUUGUAAAGCUUUGAACAAACUGAUAAUUCAUCGGAUUAAUUGGGUGUUCACUAUUUGAGUAAUAAGUAAAUGAUUCAUACAACAUGUCGAAGA